GUUGGAAACGAUCUACACUCUUAGCUUAACUGCUUAGGAACAAGGAAAUGGAACAAAAUGAAGAAUCAAAGAUAAUUAGACAUUUUUAGGACUAAGUUCUCCCGUCAUGUGAACUAUGGGAAUACAUGGGAUGUGGCAUUAGAAAACUCCAGAUCUAAGUGUUUCAAACAGUGUCCUCAACACACAGUUUUAUACCUUACUUCUUUGUUUUUGAAGUUGCGUUCAAUCAACCUUUGUUGAGAAGACCCUUGAUAUUAAAGGCGAUACGAAAUGCUUUUAUGGUGAUCAAAAUCUCACUCUACAUUGCUUAUUUGACUUCAAAGCAUGCACCGAAUUCCUUAGAUGAGUAUUCUUCGCUAUUAUUUAACUCGUGAUGCUAGGCAAACGUUUAUAUAUAGGGUAUUGGUCAUGUAGAACUUACCUAGUACUUAAAGUAACUGAAAGAUGCACCUGCAAAGAAAAAAAAGGAAGGUUGAGAGCGCUGAGCGGGCUUUCUUUACGGUUAGUGCCUUAAUAAUCGAAAGGCCACUCCAAAACUCGAAUGAUUAUAAAAGAGAGGGUGCUUGUAGAAUCAACAAGUUUCUCUCUUGGACUGAUUAUUAUUGGGCACCGAGCGCUUUCAAAGCUUAAAUGUGAGUUUAUGCAAGAAUAAAGCAGCUGAAUAGAUAUGUCAAAGGUCCGAUACCCUAAUCUGGUAUGGGAUAUAGUUUGCGAUACCCAUGAGAAAUGCUAUUAGCGAACGCGAUUUUUGGUUCGGGAAAAUGCGCUAAUCAAAUCACUAAAUCUCAGGAAAUAUCGAUCCUGAGAGUGAAACACCUCGUGUAGUCUUUACCGCACGUGGCUAGAACUUAUAAGUUCACGACCCAGAGUUUCAAUAAUGCUGAGCUCGCGUAGUGGCUCUGGCAAAUAGUGUUGGGAAAUAUUCCAUAAUGAGAAUAGGAUCUCCCCGAACGAUUG